AUCGUCUUCACCAUCGUGGGCAACGUGCUGGUGGUGAUAGCUGUGCUCACCAGCCGAGCGCUGAGAGCCCCCCAGAACCUCUUCCUGGUGUCCCUGGCCAGCGCGGACAUCCUGGUGGCUACCUUGGUCAUGCCUUUCUCCUUAGCCAACGAGCUUAUGAAUUACUGGUACUUCGGCAAGGCUUGGUGUAACAUUUACCUGGCGCUGGACGUGCUCUUCUGCACCUCCUCCAUCGUCCACCUGUGUGCCAUCAGCCUCGACAGGUAUUGGUCAGUCACACAGGCGGUGGAGUACAACCUCAAGCGGACCCCCCGCCGGAUCAAGGCCAUCAUCCUCACUGUCUGGCUCAUUUCAGCAGUCAUCUCCUUCCCACCAUUGAUCUCCAUGUACCGGGACCCUGAAGGAGAUGUCUUUCCCCAAUGCAAGCUCAAUGAUGAGACAUGGUACAUCCUUUCUUCUUGCAUUGGCUCUUUCUUUGCCCCCUGCCUCAUCAUGGUGUUGGUCUAUAUCCGCAUCUACCGCGUGGCCAAGCUAAGGACCAGGACCCUCUCUGAGAAGCGUACGAUGCCAGAGGGGUCCUCCCAGACUGAGAAUGGCUUGAGCCGCGCUGCUGGGGGCUGCACGUCCCUGAGGAUGCAGCUGGGAGAGAAUGGACAUUACUCAGUGCACCACUGGCGCAAAGCUUCGGAGCUGGAGGACAUUGAGCUGGAGGAGAGCAGCACCUCGGAGAGUAGACGGAGGCGGAGCCGGGAGGAGCAUCCCCGCAAAAGCAGCAAGAGCCAGUCCUUCUCCUACUCGUAUUCCUCCAAGCACUCUAGUAGCCGUCUGUCCCGCUCUAGCAAUCGCUCCAUGCAGUUCUUCUCAUAUCGCCGUCGCCGGAAGCGUAGCAGCAUCUGCCGUAAGAAAGUCACCCAGGCCCGGGAGAAACGUUUCACUUUUGUGCUAGCCGUGGUCAUGGGGGUCUUUGUAGUUUGCUGGUUCCCUUUCUUCUUCAGCUACAGCCUCUAUGGUAUUUGCCGGGAGGCAUGUGAGGUCCCUGAGACUCUCUUCAAGUUCUUCUUCUGGAUUGGGUAUUGCAAUAGCUCCCUCAACCCAGUCAUCUACACCAUUUUCAACCAGGACUUCCGCAGGUCCUUUAAACACAUUCUCUUUAAGAAGAAGAAGAAGAACUUCCGGCAUUGAGCUGGAGGGAUGGAUUUGCCUUGAGCAGGAGCAGAGUUAAAAAAGAAGGAGAAUGCUCUAUUCUGAAAAGGAAGCGAGGGAAGAGAACAUGGGGUUUGGGCUUAAAGAGAGGGAGGAGGGCUCGCCCCCUUGGUGGAACAGAGUGGUGGUAUAGGGUACAGGGCUAGUGUCGGGGAAGCUGAGGGCAUUCACCGUGGUACAGAAGGCGACACAGUGCUGGAGGAGUGGUGCUGGAGCGCGGAUGGGUAAACGGGGAGGGGAGCGAUUGUCUUUGAACCCUAACAGAGGGCAUGGGGAGUCCACAGAGGAAAAUAGGGUAAGACACUGAGUUUG